GUACAUACAUAUACAUGCAUAUACUACUUGCAUAUGCUUAUGAGCGUCGAACCUGCGCCCCGUAAGUUGACAACUUCUGCCACACUUCGGCGCGCCUUACGAUGGAAGGGGAAACAAAGCAACAAAAAAGGCUCCCACGUUCCGAUGAUCUGAUGACCCCACGAUCCGAUGAUUGCACGACCCCACGAUCACAUCGUCCCAUGUUGCCAUAGAAACAUCUCGCGCGAGCGCACUGUGCCAUAGCCACACGCACUUACCAUGCUGCGGUUCUGAGUUGCCAACCCUCUUUCUGCAUUUCGACCAAGGGGGGAGAAAAAGGCCCUCCUUUGCGAAGCGUUAUCCGCCAAACUGUUGCAUGAGCGCACGCGGAGGAGCCACAAGGGCAACGUGAGAAGGCGCAAUAAAGCGAUAACUGGAGGGGGGAGCUCAUUAAAAAGGGUAGAAGUGAAAAGGGUAUAAGUGAACAGGGUAGAAGCAAACAGGAUAGAAGUAAACAGGGGAGAAGUACCCGCGAAGCUCCUCCUCUUCCCCCCGCUUGUAAAUCCACCACGUCUGCAACAGCUCCCUCUCCGCAUCAAACCGCCACCCAGCCGAACGUACAAUGUACUUCGUCAUAGAGGAAUGGAAAAAUGUAAUAAUAAAGCCAAGUCAGCUGGGCCCGAGGUACCAGCAGUUCAUAGAGGAUAUGCUGAGAAACAGCGUAGAGGGUCAGUGCAAUGCCAAGUAUGGGUACAUAAUUUGCGUCAUCCGCAUAAUACAUAGUGAGCCUGGACGUGUGCAGGAUGGGACGAGCAUGAUCGUUGUGAAGGUCAAAUACCAGGCCAUCGUCUUCAAGCCGUUUAAGGACGAGGUACUCGACGCGGUCGUCACUGACGUAAACAAACUCGGCUUCUUCGCUCAGGCAGGCCCGCUCAAAAUUUUCAUAUCGAGAACAGCCAUCCCCAAGUUCUUCGAAUACUCGGAGGAUUCCCACUACCCCUGUUUUUCCUCAGGAGUGCACAACAUAAAGCCGCAGACAACAGUGCGGAUAAAGCUGCAAGGUAUUCGCUACGACCUGUCCAACAUGUUUGCAAUUGCCACCAUUAACAGUGAGUACUUAGGAUGUAUCGAGUCGAACACGUUGCACGUUAUGUGA